AUGAAAGAGAAGGAAAAGUCCUCAUUAGUAGACCUGGGAAAGCGGUUGCUUGAAGCAUCUCGUAAAGGACAUGCAGAUGAAGUUAGUGUUCUCAUGGCAUCUGGAGCUCCUUUUACAACAGACUGGGUAAGGUUUUGAUAAUAGAUUCUAAUCUUAGUACUUUAUGGAUGUAGGAAAAUUGAUAGUUAGACAUUUUGGCCAGCUUUCACUUAUACUUCAGAGAAUAUAGUGCUGUAGAGGAGGUUCAACUUUACAAGGAGAAUGUAAGUACACCUGUCCUGUACUUUAAAAUUGUGCAGAGCGACAAUCUAGAUAGAAAUCCUUUCAAUAAAACCCUUCCUUUCUUUGGAGUUUUGCAUCUUUUUAAGCUUUUCCUUUUCCAUAGAGAUUUUUCUCUGUUGUCAAUAUGAGAUACUUUCACCCUUCAAUACAUGAAUGCACAGUCAAAGCCUUAAUUAAGCAAGCUUAUGAAAAUUUUCCUUACUACUAAUAGCCCAGUUAAACAGCCUUAUAAAGAAUAAGGCUAAAUCGUGGAUGACAAGUUGUUUUUUCUUGUCAGCUUGGAACAUCCCCAUUACACUUAGCAGCACAGCAUGGUCAUAGCCAGACAGCAGAAGCAUUACUGCGGGCAGGGGUCAGCAGAGACGCUCGAACAAAGGUAUAAAUUUUAUGACUUCUCAACAAAGAGAUGUAGAGAUACAUGUACAUGAAACGUUAUUAAUGUCUGCAAGGUCAAUAUUAGGAAAUUUCUAGGUAACUGUAUUUUACAUGAUUAUAUCACUUUAGUUAAAUGUUAUUUUUCAGGUUGACAGAACACCCCUACAUAUGGCGGCUCAACAUGGUCACAAACAAGUAGUUGAUCUUCUCAUUUCUUCUGGGGCCUGUGCAAACAAUACUGAUAUGGUAAGUUCAUGUGGUUUUUAAAGGAUUUUGAUGUUACAGUGUACCUCGUUUGAAUUUUUCGAGGUUCAAAAUUCCUCAGACCAAUUUGAUUUUGAUUAAUUACUCUGAUUCAAAAUAUUGUGUAAUAAAAAUGUAAAUAAUUAUUACCAAUUGGUUUGGAAAUUUGAUUAAUUGUGGAAAAUGUAAACUUUCACUUACAGUGUGUGUACCAUAAUGAUUUAGUUAAGCACCCAGGGUGCUUAUUUACUUCUGAUACCUCAAGGUAGGCUCUUAUAAGGGACAGAGUGCACAUUUCUUCUUUGAGAAAGAGCAGAAUCUGGGAAACAGCUUUGAUGUUUAUCUAAAAAUGAGCAAUAACAGAAACUGUAAAUUUAACUAAUAUACAAUGAAUAUUUGCAUAGUAAUGUUAAGGAAUGUACCUUGUGCUCAAGCAGUGCUAUCACUGAGACAGAAUGGGGACGCCUAUUAGAAUAGGGGCGUUUACUGGAAUGAGGGUACUUACACAGUAGGGGCGUUUCUUAGAAUAGGGGCACCUCACAACAAAAGAAACUCUUAAGGGGGCACUUAAUAGAGAGAGGGCACUCAUUGGAACAAGGACACUAAAUCAGAUCACAACAGUAUUGGUACUCUACAAAUUUAGGUCAGGAAAGUGCUUUAUUGUGACAACUGAAUUACUUUGUAUUACGUGUAAGCAUUAUGACUUAAAUUUAAUUAUUGGAAAAAGGAGGCAAGUUGGUUUUUAGAUAAUUGCUUUUGCAGUACACAGUUGUCGUUUGAUUAUAUUUACAGUAUUUUUUUUAUUAUUACUCUAGUUAAACAUGACACCUCUUCAUUGGGCCUGUGAACAUAAUCAUGUUGAGAUUGUCAAAAUUCUGCUUAGAGCAGGAGCUAAGAUUGAUAUAAAGAGCAAGGUAACUUAAUUCUUGGUGAUGUUUGUCAACAUAGUUAUUGUUUAUUUGUUUGUAAAUCAAUGUUUGCGGCUAUUUUUACUGUUCAUCAAACAUGUUUCACUAUGUUUAUUCCAUCCUCAUCUGCAUUGAUUAAGCUCAAUGCUUAAAAGAAAAAGCUAGAAUAUGAAAACAAACAAGUAAGAAAUGAUUUCUACUGAUUUAAUCCUAAACAUCGGUUAACCCUUCCAUACCUCUUAAUCCACUUGAUGUUGAUCUGGCUCUUCCCCCUAAUAAUCUUUCAAAAACCUAGUCACAAAAACAUUUAUCCUGAAAAAAUUAUUUGGCUAAACUCAAUGGGCAGUUAUCAAGAUUCUUAUCAUAUUUUGUUUGACUAAAAUUAUUCCACAGUUAGUAUACAUAGCUGUGAGAUGUAUGAUUGUUAUACAUUAAAUAGUCUCUUAAAUAUACACAAAUUAUAAAUUGUCACAAUUAUUAUUUUAAAUCAUGCUUAGCUGUGGGCGUAAAGUUUUUCAUGUUGAGAAAAGUUUUGUUUGCCUUGUUUCUCAAACACUGUUAUGUAAAAACAAGGUGCAAUUAAAAAAAUUAGUUAUCACUAUGAAAUCCCAGAUCUUGAAAAUUUACAGUUGAAAGAGGGGUAAAGUUGUAGUUACCCAACUUACUUUGUGCAGCAAAUGUACUUAGCAUAAGAUUUCACACCUUAGUUAAACCUUUGGUGUAGGGGCAUGUACCUGUAUUUCUUGCAUCUGUGGUGGAUUCCUUACACAGUAUAUUCAUUUGGUAUCCUAUCAUUUUAUUCAGUUUGGCAAGACUUCAGUUGACAUCGCCAGAGCUAAAGGCUAUAGCGAAGUGUUACAGGCUUUAUCCUCAGAUCAGGUUAGCUGCUAAGAAAUUUUGAUCAGCUUUAGGAGGGCAAUUUAUCAUUUACUACAAAUGAAAAGCAAAAUUUAUAAUGACAAAUUGCACUUCUCAUAUUUUUUCAUGUCUUUACGUGAGUUAUAUUCACAUGCAUGAGUUGGUUGAUCUUACUGUCAGAGUGUCAGCAAGGUUUCAGGUUACCAGCAUGCACUGAUCUGCAUGUGUCUGGAGGAUGGAACAUACAUGUUUUUACGCCUUGAAGGGCUGAAAACUCAAUCCUUGUGAUCCAUUGCUAGGGGAAUGCCUCAUUUUUGUCACAAAAUUAUAUGGACAGUGUGCAGUAAGGAGCUUGUAAUCCCAAGCAUUAUCAUUGCAUGCUAACAAAGUUAGCCAGUGGUAAUAGUUAAUGAUAUUACUUAUAUGCUAUAGGAAAAGCAAGUCAAAACUUUUAUAUUAAAUAUAGAAAUUAUUGACUUGUUUUUCUCUUCAUGAACAAUCAUAAUUUUUCUUGGUAUUAGCUCUUUUAAGUAAGUAUGAUUUCACCUUACUAGGAUCAGGAUUUGUCAUUGCCAAAAACUCUUAAGAGGCAAGGUAAGGUUGAGCAAUUUAAAUUUUCCUUAAAAUGACUUUCAGUGAUUGGAAGCACCUUGUGUUAUUUAACCCUUUAAUCCCUGAGAGUGACAAGCAUCUAGUUUCUCCUUUCAAUAUCACCCCUGAGUCAAACAUUAAGGUCAUGAGAAUAAAGGAAAUGAUAAUCAACUGAAGAACCUCUUGAUUGUUAUACAAAUUCUCCUUGCCAGCACAUUAGGAAAUGUAUAGAGAACAGUAUGAAGAAUAUGCAUGCUGAUGUUUGGGUGUAAAGGGUUAAAGGUUCUGUAGGUACAAGUAUCUUACUUGAGAGUGUGAAAUCAUGAAUCUUUGUUGACUAACUCCAUGAUAAAAAAAAAGUGUCUGAUUUCCUGGGAACUGUUGGUUAAAUAGUGGUUAGCUUUAAACUAGAACUCAUAGUUAAAGUUGAUUUUAAUGAAAGCAUAUAGAGCUACCAUUUUAAGGGUUUUAUUGUGCUGUAAGGCAAAACUAGAAGAAAAAAAAUUUAAACAAUAAAACUGUUAAUAAGACUCAAGACUCCAUAAAAGAUUUGCAGCAAGAGUGGGCUAGUGCAUUCAUUUCAGGUCACAUCUCCUGAUCUUUCACCAAUGAGUAACACAAUGUAUAUACAGGUGCCUUUGACUUAUAUACCUGCAUCUAUUUUCCAAUUUGGAUUAUUUUAUAGCUGAUCGCAAUAACCUCACAUUGAACUCAAUGAAGAAAAGACAAAGGACAAAAAAGUUUCCAAUGACAGCUGGAUCUUGGACUGGUCCUGAGGGACCUACAGGUACUUAGUAAUUACACAUACAUCUGUACCAUGCCAUGAAAGAACAACAUUGUAUAGCACCUCAGGUCUCCCAUCUUGUAUCAUUUCCAAAGUUUUUGCAUAGUAUUGGUAGCUUACUUGUUCCUGCAGAAGUGGAGCAUUUAAAGAUUUUUACAUUCUUUCCCCCUAUCUUUUUAAUGUGCUGUCAAACAGACAGGUGCCUUUGACUUGAUAUUGAUUUCCAUUGCAAAACUUCAUCACAGAAAAUGGAAACAAAGCCAGAAGAAAGGCAACAACUCCAGGAACAUCCCCAAAGUCUGCUGUGGGUGGUGGAAGAAGAGUGUCAGCUCCUCCUCACUUCCCCAAUGCAGGUAUUUGAUGCUUUCAGUUUUUAUGAUAGCAGUUAACCCUUUAACUCUCAAGAUCUCAUCAGUAAUUCUCCUCACUGUCUACCUAAUGAUUCUCAUUAUAGUAGUUUGGAGAAUCUGGUAUCAGAUCAAUUUGUACUCCCAUAAUUGAUAUUUUCCUUUAUUCUCAUCACUUGUCUGCCUGAUGCUGUAUAGAUUGAGUAAGGAGAAAUUCUGCCUUCAUCACUAGCGGGAGUUAAAGGGUUAAGUCCAAAGAUAAGAAUACUUUAUUUUGUUUUCUAUUGGCAUAUGGGGUGUGGUCAAGGAAGAAAAGCCAAGUUCCAGGUUGUGCAUUCAAGGAUCACUCAUUUCAAAUUGUAUUAUCCAAUUUUAAUUCUUUUUCUAUGAUAAACACUAGGUUCUCCAUCUCUACGUAGUCCAACUGAAAACUCCAUUGCCUCUUUGGUGUCAGCUGCAGCCAUAGUAAAAGCAAAAUCAGAGAGUGAAGGUGAAGGCCAAAUGUCAACAGGUAAGUCUUUUUUGUCAUUAUGUUCAGCCAGUUGGUUUGCACUUAGAGCUUUGCAGGAUUGUUUUUGUUUUUAAGUCAGCUGGACAGCAAAAAAAUUUAAAAGAGAUAUAUUGCCUCUGUUAAGAACUACACAAGUUUGCCCUCUUUCUACUUUUGGGGCUUUUUUUUCAGUCACCUUCUAAUAUUCAUCCAUGUUUAGCAUUCUAAGCAAAUUUAGCAAGUGAAAUACAAUGAACAGUUACAGCAUGAUGUAAUUGCAGAAUCAUAAUGUAGCUGUAGGCUUUGUUCAGACCAAGGUGACCGUUAGCAUAGUUCUCUUCCUUAGAAUGUUAGAUUUUGAGUUUGGACAUUUUUUCCUUUGAUACUCUUGUUAAGUGCGAUGUUUUUGUGCAUUUCAUGCGGCAUGUGUUUAGUGGUAUCAUAUCAUGAGCUGUUCUUUUUACUUUCAGUAGUUAUGUCAGAUGGCAAAAGCACCUCUAAUACCUCUAAACCGCAAGACUCUAGUGUACUUGAUACACUGGCCACACUUGCCACUGCCACCUUAAGCCACAGUACAUCUGCGACUUCAACAACACCACCACAGCAAGUAACAGCCGUGGCUGGCAAACCCCUUGGCAUUACACCCCUCACCCUCCCACCAACAACACCAACCUUCGCCACCCCGUUGACACCAUCAAGUCUCUUCCCAAUGCCUUCCCCUCUUGCAGCACUCUCUGCUCUGUCAUCUUUAUCAUCACCAGCACAAACAUCUCCUCUGCCGUUGUCUUUCACUAUGCCCAUGAUGACCCCUCAGCAGGUUUCAUCAACUGGAGCGCAGCUGAUGCCCCUGGUUCAGAGUGGUGCACCCUUCUUCUCCAGUGCAGCAGGCGUGUCUAUUCAACAAGGUGGGGCAUCUGUGACAACUGCUGGGGAUGUGCAUGUACCUUUAUCAACAAGCAGUGCUAGUUCAGGUGCCUCCAUAGCAGGUGCGGAUUCAAUGGUGAAAACCAUAACACUUGGCUCUGCAAGUUCGCAGUCCCACAAUACAUCUGCACAAGCUAUUCUACCUCAAUCCAUCAUGGCCCCCUUCCAAAUUCCUGGUGGGUCAGGUCAGACACAACUGCAGACACAGCUUGCUCUGAGCCAAAUGCUUGCCCCAAUGCAAGGAGUUCAGCCCUCAGUUGUGUUAGAGCUGAAUGCAUCAGCUAAUAAGGAUGGAAUUGGUGAGUUGCAUAGGUGGCUUUCCUUAAUUUUGUUGUCUUAACUCGUUUUCUACGACAUGCGGUAUUUCUUUCGACAGAAGGGAGUUUACGAAAUAUAGGGAAAUUUUCCCCUGAGUUUCGAAAGUAACCCGGGGUUGUUUUACUUCAGCUUCCCUUUGCUUGGUGAGUGGUCAAACGACUUGCUCUACUUGCUCAACCAAUCAGAUUUUGGAUUAAGAUACCAAAUUGAAAUGCGCGGUAAGUUAAGACGGAUAGGAAAUCGUCAAAAUGGGAAUAAAAAAACAGAGAAGAAUGAGAAUGGUAGGAUUUUCUUAAAGGUUUUAAGUAGCCGGAGCUUUUUUAAAGGUAAACGGUUGUUGGUCUGGAAAUCAAAUAUGGCGGACAAAACGUCAUAUCGUUCGUACUUUCCUGCCACCGCAGCAAGAUUUGUCACGAAGACAGUCCCCAUCAGAACGUUUAUAAACUAACCUUGAGUCAGAAGUCUUUUUAUGUUCCAGAAAAGAUUGGCAGGGCAAAUUUAUAUUUUUAUUGAGCCCAAGUUUAGACCUGAUAAACAUCAUCUCUGUAUGGGCUCUCGAAGCAGCGAAAGUAGCCGGCGAAACCUUGCAGAGAAGCCGGCGUACUUCGCCGGCUGCCGGCUCUUAUCUACAACCCUGGAAUGGUAAAGCUGGGAAAGUUCUAAAACACAUUCCAAAUUGAAUAUCUUAUGACGCAAACACCGCGACUUAGCUCCUUGACUCUUUAUACCCUAACAUCAGUAAUGAUAUUUUCCGUACUGUUCUUCAAGCAUUACUGUGGUCGUGACAAGGGGAAUCUGUGGAACAAUCUAAAAGCCUAUAUUUUCACGACUCAGAUUUUGGUUUCUCCUCUCUUAGGGGUUCAAAGUUCAAAUGCAUUUCAUUAAGUGUAUUCACUUUUGAGAUGAUCGUCUAUAUUAAAUUUUUUUGCCUCUUAGCUCAAGUAAAAGUCGACCAAAAUCAAGCAGCAGAGUUGUUAAAAAAUCAGAGCCAGUCUCAGGUGGGUGUUUAUGGUACAGGUUUGCAGAACCAGUAAAUGAAAGCGAUGCUGUUAAAUAGUGCACUGUGUGGCAAGGAGCUCUCUAUUUUACCGGUGGAUAGCCAAUUGCUAUUUGUAUAUUAUAUAUUUAAAAAAAAACUGGAUUGUGAUGUCUUUAUCAGGAUAACGAUUUGUUCGGUUGAUUCAAACAACCAGGGUCUGGCCUGUGAUACAUUUUAGCGCAAGAGGUAGAUGAAGUAGGGGGAUUAGUUCGUAGAAAGACACACAUUGUGUGUUUAGAGGUCACAUUUUCAGAAGUUUGUAAAAUGCGUCGCAUUUUGUAAAAUGUAAAAUUCUUGUGACUUCCAAGAAUGUUGCGCAUUUCCAGUGGUCUUGCAUUUUUGCCCGUUGCUUCUCCCAUUGUGGUUAUGAUUUUACAUUUUAUUAAAUUGAGCUUUGUUCUCUCAAUCGAUAGGAAGUGGCGCAAACUCAGCUUCACCAAGAUACCGGUGAAUCAAAACAAGCGGAGGACAUGAGCACACAAAACAUUCCCGGCACACAGGAGGUGUUCAUAACACUUCAGGUUCCAGCUGGUUUGCAGCAUGUUCAGCCUCAGCUUGUGACAGACCCCAGCUUUGCCUUACAGCAAGUACAGCUUGUGCAACAAGUGGCCACACACGACACCUCACAGGUAUCUACCCUCCUCAUCCUAUCAGUGUUUUAAGGCACAAACAUUGCAAAGAGAAACUGACAUAUGACAGUCCCACUUCCUUCAAUUUCAGCAAACAGCGACUGUAGCAACUCAGUCACAGCAGAACCCGGUCUCUAUACAACCGGAUACCGUUGCACACACUCAACAGGAACAAGCUGCUGGCUCAACCGCACCUCAGGCUCCGGUUGUCCAAUUACAGCUGCCACAGGAUCAGAUAAACUUGGCGCAUUUAAUGCAAAAUGUUGGACAUGGAACGUUACCGCUGACAGUACCAUUGACUCAACUUUUAGCAAGUAAGUGAUUUACGGUUAAAGGCUCAAACGUCGCGUUUAAAUAUCUUUAAAGGUUGCUGUGAAAAUCAUUCUUGUGUGGUUCCUAGAGUGUUGAUGAAAUUUUAGAAGGCGUUCUGCAACGACGCUUAUGUCCCUCGUCCACCUUGAGUAUUCUUUGCGAUGAAGAAAGUUAAUUGUGCUUUGUUUUUAUUUGCAGACAGCCAAUUACAAAUCGGCAGUCAAGUGACACAGGUGCCUCAACACACACAACAACAGCGACAACAGCAACAAACAACAGGGACACAGCACCAGCAACAAAAUAUUGCGCAACAGCUACUGGCUCAAUCGGUUCCUCAAAGGACCUUACUACCCCAAAAUUACGUGGCUCAGUUAGGCCAGGUAAUUAAAAUUAAAAAGCACUGGGAACACGGUUGAGGGAGAAACAACGGGUUUGAGUAUAAGUGCACUGGACUGGAGCCUUGGCCAGGUCACUCUGCACUUCCUCUCAUCCGCGGUUAUUGCAUGUAAUAAAUGCCUGAAAGACUUUACUUUAGUUUGUUUGGUUUUUUGGGUGUCUUUUCAAACGUCAGCUAUUCCUGUUGUUUUUCUAUAUGAUUUGGAGGGAAGCUCAGCUGUAAUACUUACCUAAUAAUUUGGCUUAAAAUCUGAAGGUCUAACCAUGAUCGUUGAUUACCUGUUCUGUUGCCAGGCCCCUGUUCAACCAACAGCUGAUGUCCAGCAGCAAUCGCAGCAGCAACUCAUCUCCCCUCAGCUUCUUCUGCAAGUACAAGAAGACCUUCGUAAACUGCUGGAACAGAGACAAGUAGAGGAGGACAAGGUCAGAAAGGAGUUGGAAGGAAAAGUGCACGCGUUACAACGAGACAGCGACAAGUAUCGCUCAGAGCUGGAGCACGCGCAGAAAGAAGCGGAAGCUUACCGCAGUCGUUUGGAAGUCGAAAGGAAAGAAAAAUCCAAGCUACACCAGUUGUAUGAAGCAGCCAAGCAUCCUAGUGGUAAUGGCGGCGAAGGGCAUGAUAGCUCCACCACAUCUGAACCUGCAAGUGAUCCUUUAAUGUAAAAGCUCUGUUUAUAUAGUGCCAAGUCCCAAUUGUUAUGACAAAUAAGGUGAUUAUAUUGCUCUUCUUAAUUUAAUUUUACCCUUUGUAUUUCAGUCAGAUGUUCUGAAGUUUUGAUAGUUUAUUUGCAUUUGAACUUCUGGCAUUUGCUACUAUAACGGGUAAUCAAGGAAAAAGUAACCAUAACGAUCCAUUCACUAACUUGUCGUGUUGCGGUGUUAUUUUGUUUUAUUUUAUUUAUUUUUUUUAAUUCACUGCGUCAGGUUUUUUUGGAACUUUUAGUGCAGCAUGCAAAACUUCCUCUUAAGUUAGGGAAUAAUAGAAGAAAGUAUUAAUAUGUUAAGAAUGGUAGGGAUAAAUUUUCUAGGAACGGAAAUAGGUUAACUCAGAUCACAAAUGAUGAACUUGAAAAUUUCAAGGCUUAUUUUUUUCGAGAUGCAGUAUCCGUAGGCUCGAUUUGUGCCGUUUUCUCGAGUCCAGUAUUCGAUCCUCCUAAGGGUGACUUUGGGGUGAGAGCCGGCUUACUUCCUGAAUAGCGACUGGUGAUCGAGCCUACUAUAGCUGUCUCGUACCUUUUUUAUUGCCGUAUAAUGCCCUUGUAAUCUUUUCGGAUUCUCUAUAGUUUUCUUACGGUUUCAUUGUAACUGAAAGACCCUUAUGUAUUUAUCUUCUUGUAAAAUAACUGUUAUGCAGUCAGAUUGAAGUUUUAAUAUUGUUCCGUCUGGGAUAACUAUAAGCGAAGUACUCUUUUGUACGGGAAGACAGAAUGACACGGUCGUUUUCACGAACGUGUUGGACGGUGUUUCAUCUUGGACGGCAUAAUAUGUAAAGACUGUAAAUAGUCCAGUCGUGUAUAUGGUGUUACAGUAACUUAUUGGCACAGGUUAUAUAGUAUUUGUGAUAAGUAUUAAUUAAAUAUACGAUGGUUUAUUUGUACCAUGUGCGGCGAGAUUAUCUCUCCACUGUAGUUUUCAUUUUAUUAGAAGUAUCAAGGAGUGAAUAUUUCAUUCAUUUCAUAUGCAACGGGACAUACACGUUCUUCAUAAGUUCAGCGUACCUGAAACUAAAUUAUGUCCACUAAGAUGCUAUGUAGUGUGAAAUAAGAUUUAAUUUAAGUAUUUUAAUUUGUAAGCGCAUCUAAGGCCCAUUUCAUACGCCGAACUUUUCAGAGCCAAACCGGCUUAAGACCUCGAAUGAAAAGUUCGGUAUCUGAAUCAACUUGGGAACGGUUCGGCCGGGAAUUUUGACUUCGGCGCAGCUCAGUAACGGCUUUGAUUCAGGCGCCGAACGGCCACGCUGAAAAUUCUGGAACUGAGUCGGUAUUGGCUCAAUGAGUUCGAUGAUUUUUGACAGCUUACAUUUGAAUUUAGCUUUACCCGUGAAUAAAGUUUGGCUUCUAAA